AUGAACACAUUAAUACUUGUAUUUAUUAUAACUUCAUUUGGAAAACAAUGUAAUGAAUAUAAAGAAACACAAGAAGACACUGUUGAUAGUGCAUUUGAAUGUAUUAAUACAUUUAAAACCACCGAAAAAGAAAAUGUCGAUAUUAUUACAGGAUUAAAAGAAUUUUUAGAAUCCUAUGUUUAUAAAGACAUAUUAAAAAAUCCUCCACAACCAUCAUUCUCUGACCAUUAUUAUGAAAAAGUAGACAUUGACUCGGAAUUAAAUAAAAUAAAUACAAAAACUACUCAGAUGUACGACUUUUAUUCUGAAAUAUACAAACUUUUAGUAUUAACAAGAGAUUCUCAUUUAAGUUUUACAAUUGAUGAAGACAUUAAUACAGCAAAAUUAGAAUUAACGUAUUUUUAUUAUUUUCUUCCAUUUGUAAUAAAUAUUGAACGUGACAAAAAAAUGUAUUUAAUUCCAAUAACGGAAAUUGGUGGAUUUAAAAUUAAAUAUCAACAAGAACUUGUAUAUAAUAUGAAUCAAGAAGUUAAAACAAUCAAUGGAAAAGACCCAUUUACAAUUAUUCGAGAAUUUGGAAAAAAAUAUAUUGGAUUAAAAUGUCCACAUGCACAAUUUACACACAGUAAAGCAAGUCUUUCAUUUGGAAGUUUAUCUUCAACACCAUUACCAAAAGAUUAUUUAAAAACACCAAUAACAAUUACAUGGAAAAAUGGAGUAAAUAUAACAAUUUCUUAUUCUAUAUUAAAAAUUCAAAGUCAUGAUAUAAGUACCAGAAAAUUACUUAAAGGAGAACAACCUAAAUAUGGAAUUAAAAGACCAUUAAUCCCACUUGAAAUAAAAGAAAGAAAUCAAAUACAUAACAGACUAAAAAUAAAGAAAGAAAUCAAAGAACAAUAUAUUUCAGAUGAUAGAAACGUAUAUUUUAUACUUCCAAAAAAUGGAGGUGGAAAUGCUAUUUAUUCUCAAUGGGUACAAAAAAUACUUGCAUCAUAUGUUGAUGUGAACGACAUAGAAUCAGGAAGAAUAUCUGAAUUUACAGAAAUUGUAUUGAAAGCAGGUUAUGGAAGUGUGUUAUUUAAUCCAAAGACAUGUGAACAAAGAGAACAGUAUGUUAAUCCAAAAACACUUGGACAAUGGUACACAAACCCAAGAAUUAUUAAAUACGGUGAUAUUGAACAUAAAGUUUCACAACCAUCAAGUGAAAAUUGGGAAGAAAUGAAAGUAAUGAAAAAUAAAAGAAAACCAACAGAAAUUAUUAUUUAUACUGAUUCAUUUUGUUAUUCUGCUUGUUCAGAAGUAACAAAAGGAUUAAAAGAAUGGGGAAGUGCUAUUCUUGUAGGGUUUGAUGGUGAUCCUAAUGGAAAAGAUGAUGAAUUUGAAGUAGGUUUAUCACCUACAGCCGUUAUGAGUGUCAAUGAAGUGUUAGAAGAUAAUAUUUUUACCCAUUAUGGUUACGACUUAGGUAUAAGUAUUUUAGAGUCUUAUAGAUAUAAUUAUAAUUAUAACGAAACUAUUCCUAGAGAAUUUUUACCUGAUAUUAUUGAUGAAAGAGUAAAUAUUUAUGAAUAUUCUGAUAGAAAGAUUAAUGAAUUUGAAGAUGAAACUAAAAGGAUAAUAGAGAAAUAUCAAACUAAAUGUAAUCCAAAAAAUAAAAGACUGGUUAAAAGAGAUGAGAAAUGUGAUCUUGAAAUUAAAAUACAACAUGGACAUGGUGGGUAUGUAUGUGGUGACAAUGGUGAAUGGUCUACAAAAUGUGUAUUAUCUUAUUGUGAUGAUGGUUAUAAAUUCGAUUCUAUCAAUAUGAUUUGUAUUCUUGAUCCUUGUGAACAUCAAUUACCAUCUUCAAGUGGUGUUUUCAAUUCUUUCUCUUUAAAUCUAUCAUUCUUAUUUAUCAUUAUUUUCUUAUUCUUUCUUUAA